UAUAGUGGCGCUAAGAGUUGGAUUGAUUCGCUUCACAUAAUUACGACUCGAGUGCCAACUGCCCUCGCCCUGCCCCUCUCCACCGCUCUCUCUCUCUUCUCUCUCUCCUCCCUCUCCGAUCUCGAUCUUCUCUUCUGGUGGAGAAGAAGAUGCAGAUGAUGGUCUCCAAGGCUUCCUCAGCCAUGGCCUCCAUGCCUUGCACUAGGGUUGGAAGCGUAUGUGUCUGGCCGAGCAUGAAACAGCUUUCUUUUAGAAAAGACCUUUUGUAUGGGGUUAUGAGACUCUUAUCUAUACCAUUGAAAACAUUGCGUGGAGCUAGUCGUUCACUUAAAGUUGCUCAGUUCUGCAGUGUCGUCAAUAUGUCUUCCACAUUGCAAAUUGAACUGGUACCUUGUCUUCGUGACAACUAUGCAUACCUCUUACAUGAUGUUGAUACGGGCACAGUUGGGGUUGUUGAUCCUUCUGAAGCUGUACCAGUUAUAGAUGCUUUAAGAAAGAAAAACAGAAAUUUGACAUAUAUACUUAAUACACAUCAUCAUCAUGAUCACACUGGUGGGAAUGAAGAAUUAAAAGCAAGGUACGGAGCAAAGGUGAUUGGCUCUGGAAUAGAUAGCGACAGAAUUCCUGGAAUUGACAUAGCUUUAAAGGAUGGAGACAAGUGGAUGUUUGCUGGGCAUGAAGUGCAAGUAAUGGAAACUCCUGGUCAUACUCGAGGUCAUAUUAGCUUCUACUUUCCUGGAUCCGCUGCAAUAUUUACUGGAGAUACUUUAUUCAGCUUAUCUUGUGGCAAGCUUUUUGAAGGAACUCCUGAACAGAUGCUAUCUUCCCUUAAAAAGAUCACUUCUUUGCCAGAUGAUACCAACAUAUUUUGCGGUCAUGAAUAUACUCUGAGUAACUCUAAGUUCGCUAUGUCCAUUGAACCUAAGAACGAGGCUCUCAAAUCUUAUGCAACCCAGGUUGCCAAUCUACGAAGCAAGGGCUUGCCAACGAUUCCAGCAACAUUAAAGAUGGAGAAAAUGUGCAAUCCAUUCCUCCGUACAUCAAGUAUCGAAAUUCGACAGUCGUUAAACGUUCAAAAUACAGCGGAUGAUGCAGAGGUGUUGGGUAUGAUUCGCAGAGCCAAGGAUAAUUUUUAGGCACCCCCUACAAAACCUCAAAAGAAGAAGGGGGUGGGAAAGUUCAUUUUGGUGUAUAGGAUGAUGAUAGGUUAGCCAUAUGCAUGUGUAAAAUAAGUUAAACCUCGAUGAUUUCCUACAAGUUCCAUUAUCAGUUCAGUUCUUAAUUUUAAAUUCGCACCUCUCCUGCCACGAGAAUUCAAUCUUUUUUGUUUUCCCUCUUUUGAAAUGAAGAGUGCAAUCAUUUGAUCCCUGAUGUA